CUUCAAUUUAUCUGUUCACUUAUUAUCAUUGAGACAUUAAGGACAUUCCUAGGUCGAAAUGGGAACUCUUGAAAAUGACAUCAAUCAAGAUUUUCAGGAUGCCAUUGAUGUAAUUCAGCGUCACUCUGAGAUACACUAUGACACGGAAAAUAAAUACUAUGAGAACGUGGAAAGUCAACACUCAUCUGCGAGACAUGCCAUCUCAUACUAUCAGUUCACACCUCAUUUUGAGCCUCCAGGACACAUGUAUGACUGGAAUGAGUCACUGGCAUGGUCUCACAUUGUACCGGAUGUAUCUAUGGGCCCGUUGGGUUCUACUGAGCCAGCAUUCUAUUCAAAUUUACCACAGCGCCAUAGAAAAGGUCGAAAAAAGUUACGCUUAUAUGAGUAUCUUCACGAGGCUCUCCAUGACGACAACAUGGGUGACUCCAUCCAGUGGACAGACCGAGGGAGCGGCAUCUUUCACUUCAUCUCCAAAAAUAAAGAGAAACUGGCUGAGUGCUGGGGUCAACGCAAAGGCAACCGCAAGGCCAUGACCUACCAGAAAAUGGCACGCGCCCUCCGCAACUACAGCCGCACCGGUGAGAUUGUGAAAGUGCGUCGCAAACUGACUUAUCAGUUUAAUCCAGCAAUACUGCAGAGACUGAGUACACUGUCAUCCAGGGAGAUGGCUCUUCAUCAGCAAAACUCUGCUGAGCAUGUGUAUUACAGCUCUGCUGUACCUGACUGUCAUUACUGGUAUGGGCAGUACUCAUACCAGGAUGAGUAUGACCUCGCCAAUGUACUGACAAUGCACGAAGUCCCAAAAACAUCUCAGUGAUCUCCAAAUGAAAUCACGAGGCAAUUCCUUUCAUUCCAUGAAUUCUGAAUACUACUCUCUAUGUCUUUUGCACUGUGGGUGAUGCUUUCAAAUAAACGUUUAAACUGAUGAGAAGUAAAUGCAGUAAAUAAAGCCAUUUUAGUGAUAAGCAUGAAAAUUUGGACUCUUUAAGUAUUUGGACACUGUUGGACACUUAAAAAUGUUAGAAUUUUAUUGCAUUGAAAUAUCAGAGUGUUAAAAAAAAGUGGUAUCUGCAAACAAAUGACCUUUUUCUUAGACCUUUUCUUGCUAAUACUUUAAACAAACUGGUUAAAACUGGUUAAAAGUAACCGACUAGGUUAGGUUAACUACUUAUUUUAGGGAGAUUUUUAAGCAAUAUGUCAAGAAAAUGUCCUGGUCAUAUUUUACUCAAUAAAAUAAAAAUAAAAUAACACUAAUAAUACUUAAAAUACUACUACUACUACUACUACUACUACUACUACUACUACUACUAAAGAAAUUAUAUUUUGCAGGAAAUGAGGCAAUAUAAAUUUUGACAUUGUGAUAUUAUUUUCAUGAUAAUCACACACAUUAUAUAUUAUUAUAUAAUAUUAUUAUAUAAACACGAUAUAUGUGUGUGUAUAGUAUAUAUGUGUGUACAGUAUACUGUAUACUGUAUAUAUGAAAAGUAUUUAUAGAUCAUAGUACUGGUACUGUCUUUAAUUUUUGCUGAAAUAAAUGUGUAAAAACCAGUGCUGCGGUAAUGAGAAUUGGUGAGAAAUUACCUUAAGUGUUCAUAAAAUAAUGUCACAAUGCAAAAACUCUUAAUGGACCUAAAUGUUGGCUUAAAUUUCUGUAUGCAAUAUAAGCAAGAAUGUUCAUACAGUACCAUGACUAAUUUUUAAUAAUUACAUUUUCUUUGGGGUAACUGUGUGUCUGUUGUGUCUGUUUCUUUCUUUUGUGUCUUUCUUCUACACUAACUUCUAUAUUACUCCUGCUACGAUUGGGACUUGGCAGUGUGACACUUCAGAUAUUGUUUUAUAUGAUGUAUUGCUUAUAUUUUGUAGAUUGCUUUGGGUGAAAGUGUCUGCUACUUUCUCAUUCUUUCUUUGUGAUUAUCUCUGCUUCACUCAGCUUGUAUGUGUAAGGGGCUGAGCAGAUUUAUUUUUUUAUUUUUUUUAUCGCUAAAAUAAAUCUUCCAGUAUUGAUAAUCCCAAUUCAUUUGUUUGUUAAUUUUUUUUGUAAAAGCUAGAAACCACUGUAUAAACGUAUGCCCUGAUUGUUCUGCAAAAUGCAAAGAGCCAAGCUCUUAUCUAGUUUUACAGAGACACAAUUGCUUUGUGUUGUAUUUUCAAACCAAUCUCAAAUCACCUUCCUCUUUGUAAGAUAACAAUCAAACACUAAUGCAGUGCUGCUGUAUAAUUUUCAGACUGGACAGUAAACA